UUGGUAAGCGUCGUUACGUCGUCCUGCACGUGUGUUCAAUCGUGUUGGCGGUGCUUUGGGAUUAUGGCCCCAAUGAAAAAGCAUAAAAUGCGAAAGAAACAGCUCAGCGACGUUAGCGUCGAAGAGUUCAUGGAAAGAGGAUUUUCCUCGGACUCCGAAGACGAUCACGCCGUCACAGCAAGUGAGUCUCUCGGCUCUGGCACGGACCGGCUGUCAGCGGCGAAACCGAAAAGACCUCUCAAACGCAAGAAACGGCGCUCCGACGAAAAGCUGCAGGCAAGUAGUGAGGGCGAAGUGGUGCCGCAUAAUGCAGCCAAGAAAGAAGCGAGUACGAAGCGUGACUGCUCGGCAGACUCGGACAGUUAUUCGGACGCUGAAGGCAUGGAGAGCAGCGAAGAAGAGUCCGACGUGGACAUCGAAAAGCAGAAGGAAAUAGUCCGCAAGCUGAAGGACACCGACCCCGAUUUCUACCAGUACCUGGAAGAACACGACAAGGACCUGCUCGACUUCUACACCGCCGAGGGAGACGAAGAGGAGGAAGAGCCCGAGGAAGUGCCCAAAAAGAAGCAGCUGCUCAAACUCGAGGACAUCGAUCGGUUCGAGAGAGACUUGCAGACAAAGCCUGAGCUGCGUAAAAUCGCGGAAGUGGUCAACUGCUUCAAGGCGGCCGUUUUGCAAGCAGAGGGAGACGAGUUGGGUGCAGACUCCAAGAAGCACGCGAGUCCGUUCAAAGUCGAAGGGCAGAUCAUAUUCAAUGCCGUCGUCAAACUUUGUCUCAGCGACUUGGUGCCUGCUCUGCACAAAGUGUUGCGUCUACCGGAGCCUGCGGUGGUUCAGGACGAGUCCAGAUCGUUUGACCCGACCAAAAGUCACAGCUGGAAGAAGGCCUCGGUUGUCGUGAAGACCUACCUCAUGAACGUGGUCAAGCUCAUCACUGCUGUGACCGAGCCACAGCUCGUCUCGGUGCUCCUGAGGCACAUCCUGUUUUUAGUUCCGUACUACGUCGCCUUCCCGCAAGUCGCCAAGGCGCUUCUCAAGCGUCUCGUGCAACUCUGGUGCGAGGCGGAGGAGAGCGUUCGUGUUGUCGCCUUUGUCUGCCUCGUCCGCACAAUCCGUGGUCUUCCGCGCAACUACCACGACACCGUGCUGAAGCACAUGUACAUGUCUUACGUGCGCAACUGCAAGUUCACCUCGCCCACAACGUGGCCGCUCAUCAACUUCAUGAAGCGUUCACUCGUCGAGGCUUACUCUGGAGACGAAGGGCUGGCCUAUCAGCACGCGUUCCUCUACAUCAGGCAGCUUGCCAUUCACCUCAGGAACGCGAUGACCGUUCGAAAAAAGGACACCUGCAAGGCCGUCUACAACUGGCAGUACAUCCACUGCUGCCUCCUGUGGUGCCACCUGCUGGCGACAGUGUCCCCGAGCAAAACGCUCCAGCCCCUCGUCUAUCCACUGGUUCAGACCAUGGUCGGCACCAUUCAGCUGAUUCCAGCUGCGAAGUACGUCCCGUUGAGGUUUCACUUGGUUCGCGGUCUCAUGCAGCUGUCGUCCGGCACGGGCGUCUUCAUUCCAGUCAUGCCCCACCUCUUGGAAGUGUGCACGGUUGUCAACUUUGGCCAGAAGCAUUCGGCAGCAUCCAUGCGGCCUCUGGAGCUGAGCUGCGUGUUGCGCGUCUCGCCGGCACAGAUGAAAGAGAGUGGCUUCCGCGACGCCGUCAUCGAGACGUUUUACGAGCUCGUCCUGGAGUACCUGUCCAGUGUCUCUCAUUCGGUGGCCUUUCCAGAGCUGGUUCUCCCAGCCCUGGUCUACCUGAAGGAGUUCUCCAAAAAAUGCAAGGUUGCAAACUACACGAAGAAAGUGAAGCAACUCGCAGAGAAGAUGGAAGAGAACUACAGGUUCAUUGAGAAUCGCCGGACCAACUGCAACAUCGCACUUGGUGAUGCUCAGGGGCUGGACAACCUCGAGCAGAGGUGGAAGCAAGAAGGGACGCCUUGGAGCAGGUUCUAUGAGCAGUGGAGCAAGCUGCGAAGCCAGAGGCAAGAGACUGCAGCCCAUGGCAAGGUGCUGACAAAGCUGCCGGAAUCUGAGUCGGACUCUGACGAUGGCAGGCCGAGACGGAAAAAGAAGGGAGCAAAGAAAAGAGAAGACCCCAAACAGAAAGAGACAGUCAAGGAGAAGAGGAAGCAGAAUGCUGGUGCAAGGAAAUACAGCGAAGUAGCUAUUGAGGGGGACACAGACAUUGUGCAGGACAUGGCUUUGUCUUCAACUUCUGAAGAGGAGGACAUGAGCAGUGAUGUUGAUGAUUUUGAUGAAACAGAUUAAGCACUGUUGCCAGAGUAAAUGUCUUUUUUUUUAAUGA